UGUCAGCUCUUUACGUUCUGCCGCUGAUUGGCUGACUACUGCUAGCUACACUCCGAAAUGCUGUCACGUGCCUUCGCAUUAAGUUUCAGAGGGAAAAAAAAACAAUGUGAAAACUCAAUAAAGAAAUUAUUAUUAUGAACAUUUGUGUGCUGUUCUCGUUGCUGUUGCUCCUGGCGCCCGGCGGUUGUCCCAUCUACAGCAUCGAUCUGUCCACGCUGGAGGUGCCGAACGAUUUUCAGAACGAGCUGACGCUGCAAUCGAUGCUCAGCUCGGAGCUGCAUCAGUACAGAAAUAAGCUGAACACCAAUGAUGACUUGGGCCAGGACAAGGUGGGACGGCUCAAGGACAAUCCGUUUGAGAAGAAUGACCGAUUGCGCAGCAUUGAGGAUCGCAUCCGAGCCACAUAUUAUGCAGCCGCCUCGCCCCAGCACACGGAGGCCGCUAUCGACUUGGAACCAGGGGAGCAAGUGCAGCCCCCGUCCACAUCGUCGUCCCUGCCGCAACAACAGUGCGACAGCAACGUCGUCCAGAAAUGUGAAAGUGGGAUGGAGCACUUCAUGGGCAGCAAUCUGUUUGGCGGGUAUCCCAAGCAUUGCUUUUCUACAGAGGACAUUGCACUCAUAUCGGCACGCCGGGACUUUGAGCUGCUGGUGCCCAAGUUCUAUCCGAAUACCCUGAUCGCCGAUAGCGUUGUCUAUAGCUUAAUGAAGUACUUCAAUACCAUCAAUCACGUUCUCAAGCAAGUGUCGGAUAUAGAGUCGCGUCGCCUGAUGCAGCGCGCCUUCUACGAUGCUUUGGGUGGAUAUCUGAGGUACUACAUGGUGCCGGUGGCACAGGUGUCCUAUUAUGCUGGCCGCCUCAAGCUGUGCACUGUGCAGCGUCUGGUGGCGCUCUACCGCGAGUGUCUGACGGUGCUCAACACCAACGGCAACGGCUGGAAGAUGCCCGAGCAGGACAUACUCGCCCGGCUAAAGAACGUUCACAUUAAGCCCAUUAAGCUCAACAAUUCGCAGAGCACGGAGAUGGACGCCUCCAACUGUGCUCUGCUGGAUCAUGGAUGUGCCAAUGAUGAUGCGCAGAACGAGAUGAUGAUUGUGCCAUUGCCGCACCUUGAGGUGGAGGAUAACAAUGGCUACUUGACCAACAUCUUUUUGCCCUUCAAGCACCGACGCAUUUACAAUCUGCGCUCACCGGACAGCGCUUCCAUCCUGGUCAAGUUCUACAAGACGGUAAACAAUUGCUAUCGAUUCCAGGGCAUGAGUCCGAAGGUUUACAAUCAGAAGCUAAGGAUUUGGAUACGUGAGAAUCUGCAGCUGCACUACCGGGAUGAGUUGUUCUAUCCGGGUCUAGGCGGUGUCCUGCAAGUCUAUGAGGCACUGACCUGCCCUACUUCUGCAGACGAUCGCUCCUCGCAGGAGGACGAGCAAUUGCCGGACUUAGGCGACUUGAAGGACUACGAAACUCUGCCCGAAGAAGAGGCGCACGACUCGGCGGAUAAAAGCAAAAAGCCUAACAAUAAAAGCAAUAAGAAUAGCAAUGUCAGAGGCCAAAAUAGAACGAAGAACACGCCGGCAAGGCGCAAACAGACCCGCACGCCGCGCCAACAUCAGAACGAAAGCAGUGCGGAUACGCAGUUUGUCAAAACGGAUAAGAAUCCACAGGGCGAGGAAUGCAUCGAUUGCGACGACGAGAGCUAUGUGGGCUAUGUGGCAGCCUUUCUGGCGCUGAUCUUCCUGCUGCUGUUGCUGCUUAUCUGUUGUUGCCUGCACAAGAGCCGAAGUAAGCCAGACGUUAAAAAGGAUUCCAGCUCGCCUGUUAUCAUUAAAGAAUCCGACGCAAAGCCUGUCGAACACUUUUACGAAACUCCACCCAUUAAAAAUGAUUCCAAGCAGAGUACCUGGAGUUCAAUUUUUAGGAGAGGCGCAGAUAAAGUUGCUAAAAAGUCGCUUGUUAUGACUACCACUCUUAGGGGCUCCAAUAUGACUCCUGGCAUGAGCGUGGUGAGCAAUCAACGGGGUCCAAGGAACCUAAAUGACAUGGAAAAUCAAAUGCUGCGUGGAACGGACGAUGGUAAUUUUUAUCGCAGUGAUUCUUCUUCGACAUCUUCGUUAGUUUGCCAAUUUCCAAGAAAGUUUCUACCCAUCAAGUCGAAUCGAGAGAAACACAAUACCUUUUACGGCCUAUCGGAGAAGAAACACCCCAAAGUCGCCAGCAAACGGCCGAGCCAACAUCUGCUGCGUGAACGAGAUCAGCAUCGAGACCGGAGUGAAGAGCAGAAAGAAGAGUUGCAAAAUGAUAAGUCCAAAAAGCACAGAGAACAGAAACAGAAAAAGAUGUCGAGUCAGCUGGACUCGGAGCCCAAAUUGGAAGCAACAGACGACCGCCUUGUAAACAAAUCUAAUCAUAAAAGACAAAAGGGCGGGCUGGCCUACUGCCAAGAGAGAGACAGGGUUGGAGAUAUCGAGCCAGAGAUCGUGAGAGAGAGAACACGAGAGAGGACAAAAGAGAAGGAAAUACGACCCAGCGGGAGCAGAACGAGCCAAAGAAGAGAGAGUGUGCAUGAAAAAGAACUGUACAGUGAAAAGAAAGCUUCAGAGAAUCUCUUCAACCAUAAAGUCGAGCCAAGUAGUGCGACGGCCAAUAGACUCGAAGCGCAGACUGAAAGUGUGGAAGUCAAGUCUCAAACACCUUCUUCUUCGGUGGGCGAGUCAUCCAAAAACGGUGCCAGCUGGGAAACGACCUACGACGAUGACAGCAAGUAAAGAGCAUUUGCCUGACGCCUGUCGACUGUCGACCGUUUUUCCUUUUCGCCAAUGUGUUUCAUUAUUUUUCUACAAAUAUAUUUACUUAUUUAAGUUCAA